AUGAAGAAGCCGAGCGGUACCCGGCGCCUUGGCAUCGGCGGCGGAGUCGAGCUCGGCGGCGACCGCCUCGUGAUCCGCCUGCCGGACCCCCGCUUCCUCCGCCUGGUUGCCCGGUCGAUGCUCCUCGCCGCCGCAAUCCUCUCGUUACCGUGGCUCCGUGGCACCCUCCUCCGCCGCGGCGACGCCGGAGAGGUCACAGCCAGCCGGCGGGCCAUCGACGAUGAGUACAUGCUCUUCGCGGCGCUCCUCCGCGAUCUGAGGCGCAUCGGGCUCCUUCGUCCCAAGAGCAACGUCGUCAUCCUCAACGAUCCAACACUCAGCGUUCGCAACACCGCGGUGCCGGACAGCUCUGCGGACUUCGUGUUCUCCGUCUCUGCCGGUGAUUUCCAUCGCAUCGACCAGAUCCUGAAGAUCGGCGGCGUCGCGGCCGUCCGAUUGAGCUCCGAUCCGUCAGAAUCAUUCCGGUCGCCGGCGAACUACCGCACGGCGUACGUCAGGCGGAUCGGCUCAUCCGUGGUUGUCGCAAUGACGAAGUCCUUCGCCAGCGAAGGGGGGAUUCGGCUGCGGCGGCUGCUGGCGGUGCCGAAGGCGAAGAAGGAAGCCCUAAGUGGGCUGGAAGGCGCGCUGCUGGAGCCGCCAGGCCGGCGCGGAUGGCGGAGGAGGACGAGAUACCUGCCGGAGUUGACGGGGGACGAGCUGGACGGGUACCCGCGGCGGGUGUUCGUGGAGGUGGUAGCGGCGGGGGAGGCCGGCAGCGGCGCGGCGUGGUUCGAGCAGCACUACCCGAGGAAGGGCCGGGCCUUCGAGGUGAUCCGGGUGGAGGUGGAGGUGGAGGAGGAGGAUGAAGAGGAGCCAGAGGAGGGGGCGUCACAGUCGCUGGCGGAAUGGCUGGAGAGGAACGUGAGGGAAGAGGAGUACGUGGUGGUGAAGGCGGAGGCGGGGGCGGUGGAGGAAGCGGUGGCGGAGGGGGUGAUCGGGCUGGUGGACGAGCUCUUCCUGGAGUGCGAUCACCAGCUGUGGGAAGAGGACGAGAGGAAGAAGAAGGAGAAGGAGACGACGAGGAGCGGGCGGCGGGCAUACUGGGAGUGUCUCGCGCUCUACGGGAAGCUGAGGGACGCCGGCGUCGCCGUUCAUCAAUGGUGGAGCUUCUGA